UCAUGAUGCCACACGGCGUGUCGAGAAAGCAUGCAGCUAUCAAUCUUACCCAUGUUUGGAGAUGACAGAGCGCACAUGUCCCUCCGCUUUGAAGGGGCAGAUUUGUCUAUUUAAUGAAGGAUCUCUACCUACAACAUUGUUAUGCUACAUUGACAAAGCUCAGUCAAUGAUUAGAGUCAUUCGAACUGCAUAAAGAAUUCGAACAAUGUCCACCUUGAAGAGCCAGAUUGGUGCCACAAUGAGUGACAAGCAGAUCGAGACUGAGCUCGGCGAAUCCCUUGCACUUCGCGAAUCUGCCUUGACCACGAAUGUGCCGGGGGAGCUGACUCCAGAAGACGACAAGGCAAUUCUGAGGCGAAUCGACCUUCAUCUCAUGCCGCUCCUCACGAUAUCAUAUAUGCUACAGUUCAUUGACAAGCAAACGCUCAAUUUCUCCUCAAUCAUGGGAAUAAUGACAGAUUUGGAUCUGAAAGGCACAGACUAUACCUGGUGUGCCAGCGCCUUCUACUUCGGGUACCUUGCAUUCACAAGCGUUGGGAGUUUUCUCAUGGUCCGUUUACCCAUUGGAAAAUACCUGGCCACAUCAAGCAUCAUCUGGGCUAUUAUUCUUGGGUGUCAUGCCGCAACACAAAGCUUCACCGGCCUGUUCAUUGCAAGGUUUUUCCUUGGAGCCGCCGAAGCGUCCAUCAGCCCCGGCUUUUCUCUGAUCACCGGAAUGUGGUACAAGCGACAAGAGCAGCCAUUUCGACACGGGAUUUGGUUUUUUGGCAACUCUGUUGCAGUCAUGUUUGGUUCGCUGCUUGGUUACGCCAUUGCACACAUCCGUGGAAGUCUUGCUGCUUGGCGGUGGGGUUUCAUCAUAUUUGGUCUGGUGACCUUGGUAUGGGCCAUCGUGCUCCUCAUCUUCCUUCCCGAUGCACCCAUGAAGGCACGUUUCCUGUCUCCAGAGCAGAAGGUCAAAGCGGUCGACCGGGUUCGGUCCAACCACACCGGCAUAAAGGACAAUCAUUUCAAAUGGGAACACGUUCGAGAAGCACUUACGGACGUCAAAAUCUGGCUGCUGGUCAUCUACCAACUUUCAUUCAGUAUUCCCAAUGGGGCCUUCACCGCUUUCAGCAGCAUCAUCCUAAACGGCUUCGGCUUCACCAUUUUCCAGGUCUACCUGCUCAGUAUUCCCAUGGGUGUCGUGCAUGCAAUUUUCUCGCUCGGAUGCACGCUUCUGUGUAGUCGGUUCAAAAACAUCAGGACUCUCGUCGCUGCCUCGAUUUGUUUGGUCAGCUUGGGUGGCUCAAUGUUGGUGCGGUACGGUCCCAAUCAGGGAAGUAAGCUGGUCGGUCUCUACCUUUUUAUCAUAUACGUCGCCGGCUUCCCCCUCAGCCUGUCCAUGAUCUCAUCGAACGUUGCCGGCUUCACCAAAAAAAGCGUUGCGUCAGGAAUGAUGUUUAUGGCUUAUACGGGCGGAAACAUUAUAGGCCCGUUCCUGUUUUUCCCACAUCAAGCACCCACUUAUUCGAGCGGCUUUCUCGGAACAGGUAUCUGCUUUGGCAUUGCUACAGUUUCUAUGGUCACCCUUCGGUUUGUGAUCAUCUUUGAAAACAAACGACGCGACAGAGUUCAGAGGGAAGCGCCUGCUCAACAUUGCGAGGACCAAUCCAUUAAUGAUCUGACUGAUAAGGCGAAGAUGAAUUUUCGAUACCUGUAUUGAGUCACGAGAAGGCAUCAUUCUACGAGACUGACAAUCUUGCCAAGAGAGCAACGAUGCGGCGACGCCAUUCAAUCUGCAUUCGUCCAUGUCUUCCCGGGCGGAGUAUUUUCAAAAGUAGAUUUCUGGAACUCAACAUUGGCAGCUAAGGAGGAUAAAGGGACUUCUCAGAGAUAGGCGAGAACUAGAGAGUACUAAAGAGACCGCAGUAGAAAUCAGAUUGUCGUUGCGAGAGUGCGUGAGAGCGUGAGUGAGAGGGUAAGAAGAAAGUGAGGAGAGGGUGAGUCGUGAGUAGGUCGUCUUAAAAGCGGCACUGUCUCUGUGAGCGGCCGAGGGCUCGGAGCAGUUUGACCAUUGCUC